GUCUGGAAGGCCGGGCAUGACGGCCUUGGGCCUGUUGUGACCUCGAUCUCCAUUUUAGACACUUGGUACCUUGGUGUACUGCCUGUUCCUCUCGACACCUCUUGUGCGACGAGGCAGACGUAACAGCACAAGGACAGCUACCGCGUGAAUGGAGAGCUAUUUCGAACACGACACUCCUCUGGCGGCGUUGCUCGAAGGCCAUGGCACCGCCGACGACUCGUUCAACUCCUUCAACCAGGACCCCUCGCAUACACCUCCCUUCACGCCCAUUGUCGCGCCGCAGAAGCCUUCUCUCAAGCGCUUUACACAGCCCCUAAACCUCAGACUCCCCGCCCAGGGCACUAUCUCCAAGCUGCACCACGCUUGGUCGCGCGCCGUCAACUCUCGUCUCGGCCGGACUGAGAACAAUCGCUUUCUCGAACACUUCCGCUACCUCAUCGUCGCUUCGCAACUCCUCAACGAAUACCCCGAUCUUGGCUCGCUGCACACGACCCAGAUCAAUGGAGCUCCCUUCAGCCACCCCGACCCGAGCCCGAGUGCCUCGCUGAACAUCUAUGGCGUCGCUGCUACCGCCAGCGUUGCCUUUGUCCUCGUCAUCCUUCUCAACUGGCUGCGUGGUUCUCGCUUGAGCAAGAGUCGUCUUUUGUUGGCUCUGGCAUGCGCCGCUGUAGCUGCCGUCUUGUUCUACGCAUACAUCCGUCGACAGUGGCUGCAGUACCUCCGACACCAAGCCGUCGAUACAGUCUCGUCCUUGACAACAAAUGCUCGUGGUUUUGACAUUACUACCUCUGCUGCCCUGUCCUUGAUCCAGGAGGUCGAGCUUGUCUCCAAAGGCUAUAGACUAAGCACACCGCUGCCUCCCAUCUCUCGCUUCGAUGAUGUCAAGGUCAACAGGAAAUGCGCAAAGCUACGAGGUGCUCUAAACAAAGCUUACGCCGAGACCUUGCCCGCCUUCAGGGAUGCGACCAUCUCACUCAAGCUUUUACUCAACCAGGACGACAUGGAGAAAUACCUGGACGUUUACGACAUCCCCCAUCACGCGGUUCAGGAAGCCGUCAACCCCGAACUAGUCUCGCUGGAAGAAGACGAUCCGGAAUCCCUUAGAAGCCUUCGCGUCGUCAGCUAUCAGUACAGCACCCUGAGAAGAGUCGUAUGUUGCUCCCUCAUGUCUCUAGAGGCUGACGGGGGCAACCCGGAUUUCACUCGCUGGUCGGCGGCGACAAAGAUCAUGAACUCUCUGAGUACUACCACUGCCACAUGGGCUCAGAAGUUGAGCGGUCUUCUCCGCGAAGUCGAAGAGUUUGCAAUCCCCAGAGAAGCUAGACUUUCGACAAGACCGGCUGGUGAACGUCUACGAACACAGGUCCGCAAAAUUACCGACCUCUCCCAGGGCAUCAGAUCAUUGCAGGCAAAGAUGGCCCUGAUGAGAGAAGAGUCCACAAAGGCCAUUGAGGACUCGGACGACCUGACAGAUCUUGGCCCAAACUUGAUGUCGCAGUACGAAUCCAUUGGUGCCGAUCUCAAGACGCUAAUGCAAGCCUGGGAGAACGGCAAGGCUUCUCUUGCAAGCAACCUCGACAAGCAAGAACGUCGCAUCUCACAAGCGUCAAGCGGUCUUCGUUCACCCGCACCGAGCCUUGGUGGGCUUACUGCGGUCGAAGAAGGCGGACCUGCCGAUGCAUUACGUGCAUUGAAUGGCGAGUCCAAGUCCAACAGGUCUAGCCUCGCAGGAUCUGGCUCAGACGAAGAGGUCUUCGAGGGCGUUUCCUUACACAUACCCCGCCAACGCAGCUCACUGACCAGGGAAGAGCGUAUUGUCAGGAUGCAGGAAGAGCGAGUACGACUUUCUGAGAUGCGUGACAAGCGCGACUCAAGCACCAACAUGAUCCGAGAGCUUCAAUCUGUGAUGAACUUGCGACCAAAGCGCAACACCAUGGGCGCACGCAUCACCUCGAUAUGAAGGCUCACCGACAAAACUCACACUCUCUUGAACACCUACGAACCAUUUCAUGAAAACACGAAAAUCUUUCCGUCAUCAAAGCAUUUCUCUUCGACCAAGGCUCGGCAAUGGCCAUUACAACUUGACUGGUAAAUCUCAAGUUCACAUACCUUUUCUCUUCCUCAUGCAUCCACUUAGCGCGGAUCUCAAAAGAUACCCAAUACCUCUUUCUGUUACAUUCUUCCUGUCGAUACUAUUUCUAAAACCAACAGUUUUUUCCGAUCUCUUCUUUUUCGGGAGCAUCCUUAUUUGAGGCGACAUUGUGAAUAUCACAUAUUUGCGAAAUUGAUUUCAGUCCCAUUUGAUUUCGGAGUCAUCAUGUCAUGUAGCUUAGCUAUUCAAAGCAUCAAAAUCGAACCCACAUCCCCCAA